GUCGUAGGUUUCAAUGUUCUUUAUUUCUGGGCAAGUCAGCCAGCAACUUGCAAAGCUCACACUUGCCCAUUUUUUUUAUUAUUCUAUUCCUCCACCACCAACCUUAGAAGGCCUCCUCAACAAAUAUAUAUCCUAGUACACAAAGAAUCAUAUACAACAAGAAAGACAAAGAAGAAAGAAGAAGGGCCGAAUAAAGCCAGCUGCACAAUACUGUUGCUUGCUGCCCUCCCGAAAUUUCGGCUCCUUCUGAUAAUCUUGGUACCUAGCUUCAAAGCUGAUCAUUCAAUACUCCUUCGGGGUUAUUUAGGAGCCGAACCCAGCAGGGAGAAAUGUGGGAUCUAAAUGAUUCACCGGAUCAAAGAUGGGAUGAUGAAUCAGAAGGCUGUUCCUCGCCGGUUGACGGCGACGAUGAUAAGGGAAAGCGGGUCGGAUCGGUGUCAAAUUCGAGCUCGUCUGCUGUAGUAAUCGAGGAUGGUUACUCGGAUGAAGAAGUUGGAGAAUUACGAGGAGGUAGCAGAAAGAGAGGUACUUCCACCAGUAGAAUCUUUGGGUUCGCUGUGUCGGCUCAUAACGACGACAACUGCUCGUCGGAGAGCGACCAACCACCGGUGACGCGUCAGUUCUUUCCGGUGGAUGAGUCGGACAUGGGAGUUGGCACCUCAUCCGGCGGCUGCAACGAAGGUGCGAGUAGUGGUUCUGGAGUGCCUGAUUUGCCCAGGGCUCCCUGGGUUGGAGUAAAAUUCUGCCAGUCGGAGCCACUUGGCGGCGGCGUCUUAGGGAAGUCCACGGAGGUUUCUCAGCCUCUGAAAAAGAGUCGCCGGGGACCAAGGUCUAGAAGUUCCCAAUAUCGUGGGGUUACCUUUUACCGGAGGACUGGCCGGUGGGAAUCCCACAUAUGGGAUUGCGGAAAGCAAGUUUAUCUUGGUGGAUUUGACACGGCACAUGCCGCAGCACGUGCGUAUGAUAGGGCAGCCAUUAAGUUUCGAGGAGUUGAGGCAGACAUCAACUUUAGUCUAGCGGAUUAUGAAGAUGACUUGAAACAGAUGAGCAAUCUAACCAAAGAAGAAUUUGUUCAUGUACUUCGGAGACAAAGCACUGGUUUCCCUCGAGGAAGUUCCAAAUAUAGAGGUGUAACUUUGCACAAAUGCGGUAGAUGGGAAGCUAGGAUGGGCCAAUUUUUAGGCAAAAAGUAUGUUUAUUUGGGGCUGUUCGAUACUGAAAUUGAAGCUGCCAGGGCUUACGAUAAAGCUGCCAUAAAGUGUAACGGGAAGGAUGCUGUUACCAACUUUGAUCCCAGCAUUUAUGAAGAUGAACUCAACUCUAGUGAAUCUGGUGGUGGUGCCGCAGACCACAAUCUCGAUUUGAGCUUGGGCAAUUCGGCUUCAAAGUUAAGCAGCCAUCGAGGGAUGGCUCCGAAUGUUGAUCGUUCUAAGGACCAACAUUCUGCCUCGAUGCAUUUCCAAGUUGAUUGGCGACACCACGGAUUCAGGUCCAAGCAGGAGAAUCCAAAUGAUGUCGAAUCCUCGAGACGGGAUGGGUACAGUGAGGCAGAAACGGUGCAACUCCUCAGUCAAACACACCUGCAUUCUCCCGGCUCGAUGAAGCCUAAGGAAAUCCAAAACUAUGGGCAAUUCAGGAGAGGCGGUGAAUCCCACAUCUUCCAAAUGUUGCCACCGCAGUUCAAUUCAUCAAAUUAUCAUUUUCAGUUUCCAAGCAGCAGCAAUGGAGGCCUAAUUGGAGCUAAUGGAGACCUUUCUCUUUCCACGAGCGAUCCACACUGGCAAUACAACCCUCCUCAUUUUUACGGCACUGCUGCAGCAUCAUCAGGAUUCCCACAGCAGAUAGUAAGACCUCAAGAUUGGACUCAGAAAAAUGGGUUUCACCACCAUCUCAUGAGACCCUCGUGACCCCCCUUUCCUUUAUUAUUUUCCCCCCCCUACCAUAAUAUCAUAUUUUGAUUUUCUGCUGAUCUGCCCUCAAAGCUCCUAAUGUUUUGUAAGCUUGUAAAGAGAUCAAAAUGCUUUGAGAGGUUCUUUAAUCUCUACCAAGGCCAACCCCCGCUCCCCUUCUCCCGGGGGGACUGUCCAGACACGCAUAUAGUACAUUUGCCGGUACCUAACCUGAGGUUCUGAUUGGAACCACGAAAGAAGUAGAAAGGGAUAUUUGAGAUUUUCUACUGUGGUUAAAUGUUGUAUUAGUACUAGUCUAGUCAUGACUAACAAACUCCGAUGUUGUAGCUUAGAUUCUAACUUCAAAUGUGUCGCCAGAAAACAUGUCUUCUUGUCCUCAUUAUGUAUUAUGUAGAAAAUCAAAAUGGUUGUCGAGACUCUCUCUUCUCAAGUCAA